AUGUCCGUAAAGACCUUCGUCACGAUCGCAUCCGGCGCCAGCGGGAUAGCUAUCGCGGCAGCUAUCAUUUGUUUCGGCCUACUCCUUAGCGACAUCAACUCGUUCUACGACGAUGCGGUCACCGACUUGGGCGAGUUCAAGGAAUUCGCGGACGACGCCUGGAACACGAUGAUUCGAAGCAGCAAAGCGGACAGUCUCGAACUCGAAAGUUUUGAGUCCAUGAUGAUGUACGCCAGAGAAAAAAGAGGCGCCGGCGGCUCCUGCAACUGUGGAGCGCAGCCAAACAACUGUCCCGUGGGACAACCCGGACCCCCUGGAGAGAACGGAGCACCCGGAGAGGAUGGACCUCCUGGUCAACCUGCUCCUCACGGAAACAAAGGCAUCGGAAUGGUUGGAAUGCCAAACGAACCCGUUGGAUGUAUCCAGUGCCCACCCGGCCCAGCAGGACCACCAGGACCAGAUGGACUCAUCGGAGAAGCUGGUCCCGACGGCCAAAACGGCGCCGAUGGGCCACCAGGACCUAACGGAAAUCCUGGAAUCUCAGGCGAGCCAGGAGAUGCUGGCGAACGAGGAGAACCAGGAGCACCCGGACUUCCAGGAGCCGACGGAUCAAAGGGAACCAGAGGCAAAGGAGCUCCUGGAGCACCCGGAGCACCAGGAAUGCUGGGAGUUGCAGGAGAUGCCGGAGCCGCAGGAGAGAAUGGAAACGAUGGAGCACCAGGACAACCGGGCAUUGCUGGGGCUCCAGGCAAAGACGGUGAGAAAGGCGGUGAUGGAACACCCGGCGGAGAUGGACCACCCGGUCUUCCAGGAGGUGACGCCUCGUACUGCCCCUGCCCACGCAGGACCAGCGACAUUCUUGUCCAGGCAUCGCAGACAAAAGUCAAAGAACAGGGAUACUAA